CUCUAUAGAAUUCUGGAUCAUCUGGUGCGUUUCGGCAGCGGCUAUAUUGUAUACGGGAAUUGGAUGUGUGAAAAUAAAGAUGACGAAUAUGAAUGUGAAUACGAAUGUCAAAAAAAAUUCGAGCAUUAUGAACUUGUGGGGCUUUCAAAACUCAAUCUUAAAAACCAAUUAAAGAAUCGCUUGUCUGAGCAAUGCGAUAAGUGUGAUGAAACUUUAUUGAUUACGAGUUUUCGACUAUACACAGCACCAAUUUUGGAUAUCAAACGAGAAAAGCCCACGAUUGAGAUUCUUCGUCAUUUGGAAUGGAAUGAAUAUUACAGG